AAUGAACAGGUAAAAUGGGUAAGAGUGUUGUACCAGGAUUUCUCUGCCUUUAUCAAGGACCAAGAGCGUCUAAUUUCUGCAGAUAACAAAUUGGACUACGUUGAAGGGUUUGUGAUAGUAAACCGGACGGGACUCCUGAACAACUGGAGGUUAUCUUUCACCGCAGAGGACCCUUUACAAGCCAGCCAAUUCAAAUCUGAUGGAAGGACUCUGUAUUGUUUGGAGGUAGCCAAGUACUACUUCGAGCUCGAUAACAAAGAUGUCAUCAGCCAGGGAGUCAAAGAAACAUUGAGUGAACUAAGCUACAUCUCGUCGACACUGUUUACAUCGGAGGUAACAUACGAAGCAUUCUUGGACAGGGUACAUGUGUCAGAGGUGAAACUUCGAUCGAAAGGGCAAUGGGAGGUUCCACAUCCAUGGCUGAACCUCCUGGUACCAAGAAGCACAGUGAAAGAAUUUGCAAAAGGAGUAUUCGGAAACAUCCUAACCGAUACAAGCAACGGGCCAGUCAUAGUGUACCCGGUGAACAAAGCAAAGUGGGACAAUCGAACAUCAGCAGUAACACCGGAGGAAGAGAUAUUCUACCUAGUUGCGAUACUAACAUCGGCAGUUCCAGGAAAGGACGAUGGAGUUGAACAAAUCUUGAAGCGGAACCAAAGAAUACUAGAAUUCAGUGAAGCAGCAGGUAUAGGGUUGAAGCAGUAUCUGCCACAUUACACAACAAGAGAGGAGUGGAGAUCCCAUUUCGGUGCCAAGUGGGAU